GGAGGAGGAGGAGGAGGAGGAGGAGGGCGGGGGCCAUGGCGGGGCCGUCGCCGCCGCCGCCGGGCCCGGAGGCACCGCGGUACCAGGAGUGGAUCCUGGACACGAUCGACUCGUUACGCUCGCGGAAGGCGCGGCCCGACCUCGAGCGGAUCUGCCGCAUGGUGCGGCGGCGGCACGGCCCCGAGCCCGAGCGGACGCGGGCCGAGCUGGAGAAGCUCAUCCAGCAACGGGCCGUGCUCCGCGUCAGCUACAAGGGCAGCAUCUCCUACCGCAACGCCGCCCGCGUCCAGCCGCCCCGCCGCCCGCCGCCGCCGCCGCCGCCGCCCGCCCGCCGCGCCGAGCCGCCCGUCAGCCUCCGCGACGCCGCCCGUUACCUCGGCGGCGACGGGCGAUUGACCCGCGGGCGGCUGCAGGGGUCGGCGUUACCGGCCGACGGGGGGCUCGGCGCCGCCGGGGGGCCCUGCGGGGGCGGCGGCGGCGGCGGCGGCGGCGGGUCGGGGCCCGGAGCCGCGCCCGGGGCCGGCGGUAGCGGCGGGGGGCGGAUGGAGCGAACCCGCCUCGCCACCAUCGCCAUGGCCCGCGCCGAGCGCGGCCGAGGGGCCGCCGGCCGGGCCCGGAAGCCCCCCCGCAGCGGCAUUGAAGCAUCAGUGAAAGAGGAGGAGGAGGAAGACGAGGAUGAGGAGGAAGACGGGACGGGCUCGGAGGCCUCAGAGGACGGGGGGACCCCCCGGCAGCUGAACGGCGAGGGUCGGGGGGGCCCCCCGCUUCGCCCGCCCGGGCAGCCCCCCACCGAGCGGCCCCCCCAGCCCAAGGCCUGCUCCCCGGGGGAGAGCGCCUGCCACCACCUGGCCCCCCUCAAAAAAGAGGGGGCCUUCGGGCAGCCCGACAGAGCAGUGUCCCCGGCGCUGGCGGGCGCCGAGCCCUCGGUGCCCCUGUCCCCGGGCCGGCCGGGCCCCCAGGCCGCCGACGGGGCCCCCUUCAGCUGCACGGCCGGGAAGAAGGAGAAGGCGGCCGACCCCGUGGAGUGGUCGGUGCGGGACGUGGUGGAUUAUUUCACCGAGGCCGGCUUCCCCGAGCAGGCCACCGCCUUCCAGGAGCAGGAGAUCGACGGGAAGUCGCUGCUGCUGAUGCAGCGGGCGGACGUGCUGACGGGGCUCUCCAUCCGCCUGGGCCCCGCGCUCAAGAUCUACGAGUACCACGUCAAGCUGCUGCAGCGCAGCCACUUCCACGACGAGGAGCCCCCCCCGGAGCCCUUCCCCGCCUGACCCCCCCCUCCCCACACACCCCACACCCCACAC